UCGGUGGUAUUAAUUUGCAAAAGCCGUACCGCAUUAGCCAUUACGGGUAACAUUUUAAAAAUCACGACGAUUUAAACUUUGUAUUACAAAUGGAUUUCGAGUCACUUCCUAUGGAGCUUCUGGAGGAGAUCUUGGCGUACCUCUGCUUUGAAUCACUGAAAGCAGCAUCGCUAGUCUGUCGUCGAUGGUACCAAGCAUCGGAGAAACUCAUCAUACGUUAUGGGCAGCUUCUUAUCACCGAUGCAGCAGCUAAACGUUUGGACGAAAUUCGCAACUUUGAGCGGAGCUAUCAAGCCUUGCAUUACAUCGUGAACGACUGGUCAAACUUACAAGUGAUAACCGCGGAUUGUAUUCGACGAUUUCCAAAAAUUCAAAACCUACAACUAGAUCGCUAUUUUAUAGAGGACAUUUAUAAAUUCUACGACACCUACCGAUUCUGGGUCGAGCAGUGUGAAUCGUUUAAAGUAAUGCUUGCGAUGAACCAGAGUAGUUCCCCCAUUGCCAAGCCAGAAAAUUACGAAUUAUCAUUGCCGAAUUUGAAAACCUUACAGUGGCAAGGGACAUCAUAUGAGCGUAGCCAGAGAAGUGUCACUAUAAAUGCGCCAAACUUGGAAAGCGUUUGUAUUGACGCCAUGCUGAACUGGUCGGUUGAUGUGCGUAUUCCCAGCUGUGAUCGUAUCAAGUUUAUCAGAUGUUGGCUUCGCCAGGAACCAAUUUACAGUAUGUUGGUUGGAAACAUUUUCAACGUGGAAACUUUAAUCAUGUACAUAGAUGAUGGAAACUUUAACAAACGGUUUUUGCUCAGCAUGCAGCAAUUGCGAUACCUCAAGCUACAAUUGAAAAACGCUAUCAACAUUCUUCAAUAUGUACAAAUGAUGCAAUGUGAUAACCUUAAUGUUCUAAGCAUUACAAAUGAGGUUCCUGAUACCGGACGGGGUACACUGUAUAUGGCGACAAUAUUCAACUGCUUCAGAAAUUUGGAAACGCUUGAGUUAGGUGGAAUUGAUCUGAUAGUAAACGGUGCAAUUCAGGACACACGACUUAAGUUUCUAAAACUAUAUGAUGUCUCCUGCCCAAGCAAGGUCUUUUCUAUGAACAUGCCCCAUCUAGAAGUACUAUCAGUCCCGGAGAACAUCCUAUGUAAAUUGAAGCUCGAUGAAUGCAAACAGCUCAAAGAACUCCAUGUAGUUUUGGAAUCCUCAAACUCGAAGGAAACCCUCAAACGUACUGUGAUUCCUUUUGUUGAGGGUCAUAACAAUCUGAAGAAACUAAGCAUAUCCAGCAGCAAACACCAAACCAGUUCAAUAGAAGAUAAUGUCGACUUCAAAGACCUUGGAUUGGAGCAUUUGGAACUUCGUUACUUUGAUGUUAGCAUCGUUUUUCUUCAAACGCUCGUCAAAUGGGAGUUGUUAAAACGUCUUAAAUUGGCGAAAUGUUCGAUCAACUGCCUAUCAGCCCCAUUCAUCACUACUCAUUUGCCCAGCGUGCAACGGAUGACGCUGGACCAUGUCGAGGUGAUGAACACCUCCGGAACAGAUUUUCCUUUGAUGAUUGGAGAAGUUUGUGAAAUUCAUUACGAAAAGAAGCAUGGUUCCACUCUGCUGUGCAGUACACAUCAACCGGAGAACCGCAAUCGAAGGAUCAGUCUUUUCACCAGCGGUAGAAUUGAUCCAAUGGCAUUUUGAAAUCAGUUUAUGAAGACUUCUUUUUUACCAAAAAAAAAACAACUUUUA